AUGAAGAAUAAACAAUACGAUUAUUAUGCCAUUAACUAUUCUGAUUGUUUUAAUAUACCAGUAACGCCAUGUCCUCCAAGGCCACCAUGUCCUUCCAUACCAACGUGUCCUGACCAUAGAUUCCAUAGGAUGGGUGAUAAAUAUCCAAAAUUACCAUCAAGGAGGAUGGGUAAGAAAUUAAGAAGCACAACAAACGUCACGUUACCAAUGCAUAUGUUAAAAGGCAAACGACGAUAUUCUCCAACUGGAAGAAAAAGGAAUCGGCGGACGAAAGCCUAUACGCCACCACAACCUUGCUUGUCAGCACAAAUCUGCAACCACACCGGAACAGCUAUAUGUGGAAUAGAAAUAAAUGAUAAACAUAAUAGAAUAUUUUUGGAUGAGUGCGAUAUGUUUGAAUAUAAUUGUGACAACCAUAAAGCAUAUUAUCCAACCGAGUUUUCAAACUGCUUACAAAGUCCACAAACCACAACAACGAAUUUGCAAACAUUAUCAUCAACAAGUAUAGAAGUAAAUACAACUACUAAAGAAACAACAAAGACUUCAUUUCCUGAAUCAGAUAACGUAACAAAAGCUACAGUUACAGAAAUAACUCAAAUGCCGUUAAAUUUAACAACAGUAACUGUGACAUCAGUAACUACUUCGCCAACAACAACGACCACAGCAAGUACCAGUUCAGAACCAAUUCAUUCUACGGAUACAACUGCAAUGACUACAAAUACUUUAACAACACAGUUAUUGACAACAACAUCAACUCCUAUUCAAACUACUAUUGAGACAACGACUGAAACGAUGACAACUUCAAUGACUACAAAUACUUUAACAACACCAUCAAUGAUAACAACAUCAACACCAAUUCAAACUACUGUUGAGACGACGACUAAAAUGAUAACAAAAAUGUCAACAAUUGAUGAUAAAAAUACAACAAAUGCAACAAAGUUAACUUCGACAACAUGUACUGCUCGUCCUCAAAAUAUAACUACAUCACAAAUCAAAGAAAAACAAGACUGUUGCUCAAGUACACCUAGCAUAAAAGAAACUUCGGUAACAACUGCUUUGACUGAAGCAACAUUGACAACUAUUUAUGAGAAAAAUAGUAUAAAGACAACAACAACAGAAACGACCUCCAGUAAAAACCAAUCCGUAGCGACUCUAGUUACUUGUGAAUACCCGAAGUAUUGUGAUAGGCCUCAUACAUGGGAAACAACAGCUAAAGGUGAAACGAGAGAUUUCUACCAAAUUCUCAAGGCUCGUUAUGGGAAUCGCGUUAAAAUUUUAAGAGAUACUACCCACUGGUCUAGACGAAUGACUCCAAAUGUAAACGAUAUCGAUGAUAAUUUUCAAUUUGGUCGCCAUAAUGAAGGCAGAAGGUUGCUUGUAAAAGGUUUAUAUACCAGCGUCACUGCGCCCGCGCAUAUAGUGACUGUCUUGACUGUGACUUGUGAAACCACCAUGCAGUACUUAAUCAUCUUAGUGUCUAUCUUCGCCUUCACACAGGCUCGACCUACCUUUAUCUUCACGCAACCUUACGCGCUACCGGGAAUUGAAUACGUACAAAGUGCACCAGUAGUUCACGCCCACCCCGCGGUAGAACAAAACGCAGCGAGCGAAGCAUUAUUGCCACCUGAAUUAUUAAAAUCCAACGCCUUCUAUGGCAACCCUGCGAUCGCAGCGGGCCUAGCCAGGGAAUCCUGGUUUGCUAAGAAAGAAAUGAGAGUUGUAGAACGUGAGGCUGAAAAAAUACCAAGGCAAAGAAUUUAUGAUAUUGUAAAAAGUGCUGGGUUUUUGGACAGACAU